UGCAGGAUCGAGCACGCCUUGCGUGUGAGGGGAAGCGAAGGGCGAGAGGGGCGGAGGAGACGAGGCAGGGCCCCGCACCACAGGUCGAGCUGCUCCGCUCCCCGCGAGCGCGCGCCCCUCGACUGCGAAGGACCCCCCCCCAACCCUCCCGCGAUGCUCUGCGCCGCGGGCGCCCACAUGCCGCCCUGCAGCGUCGUCGCCGUCCGCCCGAGCGAGAAGACGCCGCCCGACAGCGUCCUCGCUGUCCGCCCAGGCGGGCCACCGCAGCGCGGGGCCCCGCCGGCGCGGCGGCACCUGGGGUGGCGGGCGCCGCAGCCCCGCGAGGGGGGCGACCGCCACGCGGAGCAGCAACCGCACCGUGCGGGGCGCUGCCAGGAGCCUCUCGUCGUCGCGGCUGGGCCCGCGCCGAACACGCGGGCCUGGCUGGGUCCCGAGGACCACCCGAGGGCAGAUGCCGAGCGGCUUCGGGCGCAGGACCCCCCCGGGCGCUGGUGGCUGCAGCCGGAGGUGGGCAGCGGCGAGGCGGGCGGGCAGCGGCCGCCGCCUCUCCAGGAGGGCCCCCAGGUCUGGGGGAUCUACCAGGGGCGCGCCUCGCACCCGCGCUUCGGCAAGAACGUCCCCCUGCAGAUCGAGCUCUACUGGGAGUUUGAGCGCGUGGGCGGCGUCUGGUUCAUGCUCCAGAAGAGCGUGGACGUCGUCGCCUGGAGGACCGACGAGUGGCCCCUGGUCGUGCGCUCCCUCGGCGGCAUGAGCGCCACACUUUGGGGGAGGGAGGUGACGCCCGAUCGCUACGCCGGCGAGGUCAGCGUCGGUGCCGAUGGUGGCGGCACCUUCGAGCUCCUUCGGUGCCCCCAAGGCUCCUUUGGUGCCGAGUUCUCGAGUUGGGGGUCGGCGAACCCUUGUGACUCGUCAAGCGCGGGCUCCUUGAUCGCCUCCGUGCAGGAGCCCACCAUGCACCACAAAGGGCUGCCGCUUUAUCAGAAGACCCAUCCUCCGAUGCAGGAUUCUGUCGCGAAGGCCAUGCCGAAGGAGAUGAACCCCCAGCUGAUCUUCACCACGGAGGAGGAACUCGCCAAAGCAACCGCCGAGGUCCUCAAGGCGCACCCAAACGGCAUCGACUUGGCCCAGUUGAAGCAGACCAUCCACAGGAGCACUGGAGUCUGGUUGUCCGAGGCAUUCCUGGGCUACAAAAAGCUCAGCGUUCUCCUGAGCUCACCCACCAUUGAUGGCGCGUGCUGUAGUCAGCGCGUCGGUAGCUGCAACCGCGUGUUCGGGCGUGGGUCCGCACCGCCCGAGGCGGGGGCAUGCGAGGGCGUCCCUUGUCUCGCGGACCAGUGUCACCCUGGCAAGCUCUGACCUGCGGCUUGCGUGGCUCUUGAGGCCUCUUUGAGGCCUUCUACUAGAGUGUAGAGGGAAUCCAUGGCUUUGGCAGCAACUCAUGGGAGCUUGGUUUUACCUUCGAAAUUCCGUCUCUGCGUCGAUUGGCGCCGAUUCGCAAGAGCCAGCGGGAUGACAUGGGAGGCUCCCAUGCGUUGCCAUAGGGCAUGACCCUGUGGCGUGGUUCCCACGAGCCAGAUUGCGCUCCCACGCUGAAACACAGCUUCAGAGUGGGGUGUGUGGGCGACCAGUCUCACAUCGUACACUGUCCCUGGGGACAUGGCUGACGGGGGGGCGUCCCCUGUGCGUGGGCAUUCUCCUUCUCCCUGUUUAGCCAGCGCGCUGCUGGCCGCAGCGUGCACAUUAGGUUUUCGUUGCUUUUCGGGCCUGGAGCUCAACCAGCAGCAUUUAUAGCAAGGCACAGUUAUCGACACCAUCGGCAAGCAGGCGUGGG